AUGUUGUACCAUAUAUUCCCAUAUCUCAGUGAAAGUCCCAUCCAGAGGUUUCUCAUUUUGUGCACCAUCAUCGGCUGUUCUCAUGGUUCUGGAUUAAGUUUAGACGGUCUAUCCCUUGGUGAUCAUAAUACUGGCCUUGAUUUAGGAGGUCACACCGGAGGUAGUCUUACUCUUGGAGAAAUUUCACUGCAUCAUGAAGACGAAUUACCGGGAAUAGAUUUAGGUGAAACGGGAGGUCACUCGGGUGAUUUGGAUUCUGGCAUUUCUCUUGGAAGUCACGGAGGUUAUGGGGGUUAUGGUGGUCAUGGAGGUCACAUCGUUACUUCCGUCAAGCAUAUUGGCGUACCAGUAGUAAAAGACGUACCAUUCAAGAUUCCUAAACUCACGGUACAAACGGAACCGCAGCCUUAUCCCGUGAGCGUUUUUGUAUCAAAACCUGUACCAUACGAAGUAGUAAAACCAGUGAUUACGAAAGUUGAGAAGAAAGUCCCAACUCCGGUUGAGAAGAUAAUACCUUAUAAAAUCGAAAAGCCAGUACCUUUUAAAGUGUACAAACAUAUUCCUGUACCAGUACCAAAACCGAUACCGAUCAAAAUACCAAUCUAUAAGACAAUAGUACAUAAGUCUGGACAUCAUUAG